UUUUUGACAUCAAAUCAGCUUUGUAAUCCGUCGAUCACAAAAUUUUGCAAUUUUAGAGAAAAUUGAAGCUGAAAGUUUAACAAUAUUGCUGUUUUAUGGCUCGUCAAUUGUGCUUUUAUUAGUGUUCCGCGGAGUAUGUACUGAAAUAAUUUUCUCAUGCAGCAGAGCGGUCAGUUAUGAGUAAAAAAACUCCCAAACCCAGACGACCAAAGAAAUACUACGGUUACACAAACCAGGACAUAAACAAUGCAAUCUCUAUGGUGGUCCGUGAAGAGUUCUCGAUACGACAAGCGGCGAAAGCUUUCAACAUUCCUCGUACCACUUUGGCAUGCUAUUUGAAGAACUCUACGGGCACCAAAAAGAUGUGUCCAAUGCGCCCGGAGGAGGAAGAUUUUCUGUUGCAAUGGAUGACUGAUUGCUGUCAGCGAGGAUUUACGAUAAAAAAACGCAACGUCGAGGCAGCUGCCGAACAGCUCAUCCGACAGAGCCGUGAAUCCCGGCUGCAUCCAUUCGAGGACGGACCGUAUUUUGAGAAAUUCCUGAAGCGUUGGGUGUCAGCGGAUAGGGUAAAGGAUCGCAAGUAUAUUGGAGUAGUCCCCGAUUGGUUCUCGCAUAUUGAUCGUUAUCUCACUGAGGGAAAUCAUAACGACAUAUUAAACGAUCCAAAUCGAAUUUUUCUCUGUGAUGAGUUCAAAUUCAAGGAGCGGAUGGACGUUUCGGAAAACAUUAAAACUUCACUCACUGAAACCAAUAUGCUUUACACGAUCACCGCGUCCGGGAACGUUCUGCAACCGUUAAUAGUAUAUCCCUUCAAAGGAGAAAUACCGGAGAAAAUAAUAAAAUCUGCUCCAAAGAAUUGUGCGAUAGUUCCUCAACAGCACGGGACUGUAACACCAAAAAUACUUAUUGCUUACUUCAAACGGGUUCUACAUAAAUUCAUCGAGCAAAACAACAUUGUAAAACCAGUUAUUGUGUACAUUGACGAAUCGCAGAUUGAUCUGACUUUGGAAUUGACAACAGCAUGCAAAAAUCUUGAUAUUAUAAUCCUAGGAUUGACAUGCCAGGUUAUGAAGCCCACCGUCAGUCUAUUCCGUGAUCUGGCAACUGGAUGGACAGAUGAGGUACAGCGAUGGUGUGGAGUGCAUGGUGGCUGUCUGCCUAUCGAGGAAUGUGCUCGAGUAAUGCAACUUGUUAAUCAGAAAUUCAUCAACCGCAUGAGCAUUACCAAAGAUUUUCAAGAUAGCGAAAUAUUUCCGUGGAAGCUACGUACGGAUAUACCAGUCGCACAACUCCGUCCGGUGUUUCCGGAGGAUUUAGAAGAAGACGAUAUGGAGCUAAAAGAAUUCUUUGAAGAUGUCAGUGAAGACGACGACGACGAUGAUGUUGAUGAAGACGAAGAUAUGUCUUCGGUUGUUGUUCCAGAGAAAAGUGAUACAAGCCAGGUCGUAGUGGAAAGCGACUUCCAACCACAGCCGUCUAUACCACCAUCUGUAACGGUGGUUGAUCCGGUUACGGAAAGCACAAUUAGAUUGAAGUAUAGUCAUUUUCAGGGUAUGCUGGGUAAAAAAUUGACUGAUAAGUUUAGCAAGAAUUAUUCUUCUGUUGCGCCAACGUUUCCCAGCAGAGCUGAACGAGUUCUGUUCGACAUCUAUCGCAGAUUCAGGAUCACUCAAAAUCAGUCGGCCAACAUCGGAAAAAAUGAUAUCAUUGAGAUAGUAGAAAUUGGCGAUGAUUAAGUUUUCGCUGAAUCUGGAUUCCAUUCUCAUUUUCUAGUCACUUCCCGAAAUAAGCCAAAUAGUAUUGUGAAUUAGUUUUAAUAUAUGUUUAAUAUGAUAAUGCAAAAGAAGAUGAAUCUCGAUCUCCUAUAAACUUAAGCACAAUCAAUACAAAUUUUGUGUUAUACACUAUUUAGAAGGAUUUUUUCAUAAUUUCAGAGAGCUUAUCCUCAUUCCCUAUUCUGAUAAUAUUGUUUUUGUGACCUACAACGUGAAACCUUCUUGUCGGUUCUCAGUCAGAGCUGUGUGCAAAGCAAACCUUGUGUUAAAAUUUAUUUAUUUAUUUAGGUAUAAUCAACAGACACAAUAUGGUCCUAAUGAUAAUUUUGAAUUUAUUCAUGUAUU